CGCCGAACACCAACGCCAUCUAACUUUGAUCCGACCAAAAUAUUACACUUACAACCAAAUCGAUCAAACCCAGUUAAACCCUCUUCUUCCUUCCACCAAUCCCACCAUGGAAACCGGAUUCUUCAGCUCCUCAAUCCUAACCCAAGACGAGCUCAAGAAAAUCGCGGCCUACAAGGCCGUGGAUCAGCACGUCGAGUCCGGCAUGAUCCUCGGCCUCGGCUCCGGCUCCACCGUCAAGCACGCCGUCGACCGCAUCGGCGAGCUUCUCCAACUCGGAAAGCUCCACAACAUCAUCGGAAUCACCACCUCCCAAAACACCCACCAACAAGCCCUCUCUCUCGGCAUCCCUCUCUCCGACCUCGACGUCCACCCCGUCCUCGACCUCGCCAUCGACGGCGCCGACGAGGUCGACCCUCACCUCAACCUCGUCAAGGGCCGCUGUGGGUCCCUCUUAAGAGAGAAAAUGGUCGAGGGCGCGUGUAAGAAGUUCGUCGUCAUUGUCGACGAGUCAAAGCUCGUUGACCACCUUGGGGGGUCCGGGAUGGCCAUGCCAGUGGAGGUUGUGCCGUUCUGCUGGAAGUUCACGGCCAAAAUGCUGCAGGAUUUGUUUAGGGAAUCCGGUUGCGUUGCGAAGCUGAAAUGUGAGGAGGAGAGCGGGGAGGCGUUUGUGACUGAUAAUGGGAACUACAUUGUGGAUUUGUACUUCAAGAAGGAUAUUGGGGACUUGAGGGCUGCUAGUGAGGCCGUUUUGCGGCUCGCCGGAGUUGUGGAGCAUGGGAUGUUUCUAGAUAUGGCCACUACUGUGAUCGUGGCGAGGGAGCUUGGGAUAACGGUGAAGCACAAGUAGUUGUUCAGAUGAGUAAUGUACCCUAUCUAUCUGACUUGUUAGAUAUAAGUGCAAUUUUAGCUAUUAUGAUCAAGUUUUAGGGAGUGACAUUUUGUGUGUUGUAGCUGUUCUAGUGUUUUUGUG